AUGGGCCACAAUUUCGAAUUCACCAAUCCCCGCCUUCCAUUCUCGAUUCCCACCGCCGGAGGGCUUGAUGUGAACGCCGUGAUUGAUGUUCGCGGCCGCCUCGACAAUUACACCGCCGAAUCUUUCGAAGUCGACCUCUACGACGGCAAUGAUAUUGUCCUUCAUGCGAGAGUGCGGUUCGAAAGAACCGGGCAAAAAUUGGUCUUGAACACCUACGAGAAGGGCAAGUGGAAGAAGGAGGUUAGCGAGGAGGUCAAGUUGCACAAUGGCGAUCCCGCUCAUUUGGUGAUCAGAGUGACGGAGAAGAAUUAUUAUGUGAGUUGGGAGCUUUGAAAGAGCCGAAGGGCGUCUGGUUGAGGAGAAAUGAAAUUUUGAAAAAUUUUGUUUAGCUGAAAAAUCAAUGCGAAAAAUUUUAAUGUCAUCCAAUCUUGUAAUGAUUUCCUGUUUGCUUGGCGUUGAUUCUUUUUAAUUUUGAGGGGCUAAAAAUCAUCAAAUUUUGGUUCUCUUGGCCCCGGGUUGUUCUAGGAUUGCUCAAUCUGUAUGUUUUUCAAUUUCCAUCAAAAUCUCGACUUUUAUAGCCCAAGCAUUGCCCUAAAAAAUGUCAGCCAGUCUGGGAAUGAACUCCUGUUUGCUUGGCGUUGAUUCUUUUUAAUUUUGAGGGGCUAAAAAUUAUCAAAUUUUGGUUCUCUUGGCCCCAGGUUUGUUCUAGGAUUGCUCAGUCUAUAUUUUUUUCCAAGUUCCAUCAAAAUCCAAGCAUCUAGCUUCAAACAAUGCCCUGGAAAAGUCAUCAAUCCCCAGGCCAAUUUCCGGGCUAAAUCUUGACCGCUUAUAAUGUCAUUCUCUAGAUGUAUUGCUAUCUUUUUCCCUUGAAAACAUCUACCUUUCAGAUCCUCUUCAACGGCUAUCACAUUGCCGACUUUGAGCAUCGACUGCCAGCCAAGCACAUCAACAAGUUCGAGUUGAUUGGUGGAAUUCGCGUUGAGUCGCUGAAGCUGGAGAACUUCCCGCAUAUCGAAGGACAACCUCAUCAUUAA